UUGGAAAUACAACAGUGAGCAUUAAUUAAAGCUGCUCCAUGUAAACAAAAAAAAAUCACAGAUGCAUUGCAAUGUAUAACCCAGUGUGCAAUCUAGAAACAUGUAUAACAUGGAGAGCUGAGGUCGAACCUGCAGUUCCUCCUUCAGCCCAUCAGGAGGCAGCAACAACCACAGAGCUCCACAGACUGUAACCGAGGAAAGCAAAGUGAAACUCCUCAAUGAGUUAGUUCACCUUCACUGAAAUAGUUGGUCCCUUCUUCUCUCUCAAGACUUAACCGGUUUACUGUCUUGACAACAUGAAUGGCUCUCUGCACUCUCCACCCAACACGGUGGACAUUAAACUGAAGCGAGGCUCGGCAGGUUUGGGAUUCAAUAUAGUUGGGGGCGUGGACCAGCAGUAUGUGGUGAAUGACAAUGGCAUAUACGUGUCCAAAAUUAAAGAAGAUGGAGCUGCAGGUUUGGACGGAAGACUCCAAGAGGGGGACAAGAUCCUGGCGAUCAACGGGGUCAAGCUGGAGGACCUGACACAUCGAGAGACAGUGGAUCUGUUCAGGACAUCAGGGGAGGACGUGGAGCUGCUUAUUCUGAAAAAGUUGCCCCAUCAGGCGAACGGACCCACCGGCUCACAACCCGAUCACAAAUCGUCCGGGUCUCCUCUGGGAAUACUGGCUGUUUUGGCCGGAGCUGCAGCCAUCUUUGCAUUUUUCUACAUGCGGCACCUUAAGAAGCACUUUUAACGACGCCGGCAUUUGUCUGUAUAUUAUUUUUAAGACCUAAAACGUUGCUAAAGGCCAAAGAAAAGACAGAGGGAACAAACUCUAAACGGUAGACGUUAUUAUUUUUUUAUUAGUAGCUGUUGGUGUCACUGAUGAGUUCCUCCAUGUUCAUGUGUAUAAUGUGAUUAAUGGUAGCUUCUUGACACCCUUCCUAUGCAAAAAGGAUGUUCUCUUACCACAGAGAUUACUUUUACUAGAUAACUUUGUGAUUGUAAGGCGUAGAAGAAGGAUGUAUACAUGAUAUUCCUGCUGCUGGGCUGAGCUGGGCUGAGCUCAGGCAGAAACAAACAGCUGCCCGUACACAGAUGUUGUAUGCAGAAUACUAUUAAAUGCUCGGGUCAAGUCAGACUGGCCUCAAGCUUCAGGGUCCAAACUGAAAGACAGUGUUGUGUUCAGUCUCUCGUAGGCCUCUCUGUAGCUCCAUCCCUGAAUGGUAGACCUGUCUGAGAGGAACUCGCUGCACUUUCAGUUCGUCAGUGUUUAAAAAUUAAUGCGACUGGGUUUGAUUUUCAUUUUCACUGUUGCACAGAAUCACGGGAGGAGUGGCGUCCUGCUGCGCUGAAAAAGCCUGCAGUUAAUGUGAUAAAUUAUAAUGGACUUUCAGAGUGCCUUUUUCUGUCUAUUAAGUAAUGUUGGUGUUUGGUUCUUGUCGCUCCUUAUCGUGAUCAAAAUGAAAAUCAACCCGCUACAUCCAUUAAUACAUUAAAUUAAAGGAUGUUGCUGGCGAUAAUCUCUAUUUUCUUAUUGUCAACAAAUCCCAUUAAAAAGCCCCAAACCAUCAGUGAGUUAUAACGUCUCUGGCAUAGACUCUACAAAAUAUGGAGGUAGUCUUUCUUUAGAGCGGUUGUGAAGCUCAAAGUGGGUGUCUACGGGUCGUCGCCAUCUUGGCAGUGAAGACACAGCUGAUGGUUAAAGAGGUCGAUCGUCCUGGUGACGCAGCAGAGCAGGCAGCUAGCGACCUAGUACGGCAACCACCUGUCACUCAAAGCGGCCACGCUCUCAAUAAUUCCGAACUUUAAGCCUUAAUAUGAAUUACGUUUUUUCGUACCAGGCUGUGUUUAUUUCAGCUCUAUGGGGUCUAUGGGGAUUGACUCGCUUUUGGAGCCAGCCUCAAGUGGCCAUUUGAGGAACUACGGUCUUUGUCACUUCCGCGUCGGCUUCAUUUCUCAGCACCGGAGAUUGCCGCUUGAUCAUUCAAUACCUUCCGCCUUCCUCAGCCUGUUUGUUGCACGCAUCCACAAACCUAUUUGCUCAACAUGAAAUAAAUCUUUAAAGACACGUCACAAAUGUAAAGUUUAAUUUUCAAAAAUGGCUCUCUAGGUUCUUUAGACAGCUGGGCACUGUGGUUUUUUAGCAAAUGUUUCUCAAACUGGAGGAAAUUGUGCAUUUGUCAGGGACUAUUUUGAGCUACGGAUUAAUACACAUUUGGUGCUCUAGUGAGUAUUUACAGCAGCAGGACGGCGUAUAUGUGACUGACUCAAAAUAAUCUGCAGUGCCAGUGUUCAUCGUAAUGAAAGAACAUGUCACCCAGUGCUAGGGGUGCAUCGAUCCGCCUUUUUCAGUUCUGAUACGGAUACCUGGGCUUUGGGUAUCGGCCGAUACCGAGUACAGAUACGAUACCAGUGUUUAAUUAAUAGUCUGUAUGCCUCACUAUGUGGAAGUGACUGGGAUCAUUCUUUUAUGUGUAAGGCAACAUCAGGCGUGACUUAAACAUUGCUUUCUUAACUUCGUAAAACAAAAUAUAACAAAUAAAUGAAUAGAUAUAAAUGUACUUAAUUGUUAUUUAUUAAAAUAAUGGUCUACCUCAUCUCUACCCAGUGCAACAUGCGUUUUUAAUAUUUUUUUUGGACAACAAUGGAGCUCUAUGGCACAGAGGAAUAAGAUGUAUCAGACAAUACUUGUUAGUAAAAAUCAAUUCACUGCUGGUUUUGGUCUUUUAAUGGGAUUUGUUGACAGUAACAAAAAUAUAGAUUAUCACCAGACGUAUCCUUUAGAGUAAAACACACCAAGUAGUACAAUAUCACCAAGUAGUUUCACUUUGAAGGGUUUAUUAUAAAGUGUCAUACGGUCACUCAGGGUGAACCAUUAAAUCUAUACCUUAGAAACAAAUCAUUCCUUAAAUGUAUAUAUAUCAUGUGGUCAGCAGCUCAUUUCUCACAGCCAUUUCAAACAGUUUCCAUUGAGGCCAGUGCUUAUAAUCACAUCACACUUCUGCUAUAAGUGAUUUAUUGAUGUGAAGGAUCAACAGCUUAAUACUGAAAAGCGGUUUGAGCCAGUUCAAUGUAAAGGAGAAGUUAUUUUUUAAUGAAAUUAGUUGCCAUCAACAACUUUCAAUGUUUUUUUUUGCACUAGACACAAUCAUGGAACUCCUCCGGUUACUUCCAUAGAACAGAUGAAUAAGUGAAUUGUGUGUGCUGGGUGUAUUUGUCCACAUUUGUCAGUCUGCAGCGCAUCGACCAUGCAAUUAUCUCUGACUGUAUGUGGCUCCUGUUGUCUGUAAAUACAUUACAUGAGUGGGAUUGUGAAUAUGUGCAGUAUGCCAGAAAAACAGAUCAGAAGCACUAAUAAAUUAUGCAAAAUA